AACACAUAACGAGUGUCACUUUGAGUUGCACUUCUAUUCAAUAAAGUACAUUUCUUUAAACAAAUUAACACACACUUUCAUAAAACACGAGCAUCAGUUUUAAUAUUUUGUUUGUUUUAGAUUGAUAACCCGUUGGGAAUUAUUUGUUGAAUAACUUCUUGUAUAAAUAGAUUGUUUGCAAAAGGCGACAAUUUUAAUAUUGAGUUAAAGUUACUCUUUUGGAGUUGGUAAUUGUAUCUUCAAUUGAUUGAGGCAGUUGGAAAAAGUGUUAUAUAAACGUUUUAGGUUUUGAAAUGGUAUUUACAGAUUUUCCGUGCUUUCCGCAUUCGCAUGUUUAAAUGACUCAAUCUAUUAAACUAAGUGUUAAUCGUGACGUAUGGCAGCAUUUUAAGACUUUUUACGAACAUUCAAGUAAAACAUUUUAUACCAUUUCAUUAUGAUUUUAACAAUGCAAUGUUUUCACUGGAGAUGAAAUUGCAUGUUGUUUGAAAUUGUUGACUUUAAAGAGUUGGUACUUAACUGUCCGAGAACUCGUGUUUUCAACAGGAAGAAAAWAAUCCCAAUUUUUAUUUACUGUUAAUUCGAUUCAUUUUUCAAAAUGGUUGUGUCAAAACAUUCAUUGUUCAGUGUCAUCAUUGUCAAACUUUUCUUUGGCUCCAAAUGUGUUUAUAUAAAUCUAUCAUUCAAUAUUAAUGGCCUUGCUUUUUGUCUGCCAGUAAAAAUCAUUUGGGACAAUCGGUCGUGCUGUAAGUUUUGACAAGGGAAAGCGGUUUUUCGCUGGCCUGUCAAUUAAUGCGAGAACUGUACAUGGAAAUACUUAAGUGAUUCCGUGGCUUUUGGGAAAGACAAGUUGGAUAUCACUACCAAACCAGCCAUGACGUCACCAGUCCAGCAAAGCGUACCGGGAACGCAAAGGAAUCGCAAAGUGACUUGGGAAGAGUUUUAUACUUAUAUGUAUGGYCACCGGGAUAUUGAAACUAUUGACCCUGACGAAGUCAGAGUAAAGCGAAMUAGAACAAUGAGUAGUCACAGCGAGGGAGAAGCUGAGGAUAAAAUUCAAAGAAGACACUCAUCAACUCCUCUCGCUGCUCUUGUGUUCCCGGAUGAAGUUCAACUAUGCCGCUCGAGUAUUCCUGGGGCUGAGUUUGGUGUAUGUGCCGCCCGUCCCAUCCCACCAGGGACAUGGAUUGGGCCUUAUGAAGGACAUAUCGUAACAAGAGAUGAGAUUAGCCCUGGGGUUGAUACUAGAUACAUGUGGGAAAUUUACAAAGACGGCCGAUUCAGUCAYUACGUCAAUGGCGAAGACGAACGGACAUCAAGUUGGAUGCGUUACAUUCAAUGCGCACGUUUCAAAGAGGAGCAAAACAUGACUGUAUUUCAGUACUGUGGAAACAUMUAUUACCGAGCUUAUAAACACAUCCCUGCAGGCAGGGAAAUGCUUGUAUGGUACGAUGAAAAAUACUCCGAACUUAUCGACAUACCAGCCUUAAUGAAGCUUAUGGCAAGCCAAGCCUUGGGAUUCCGGAUUCCAANAGAAAACGAGAUGUUUUACGAAGGAAUUCCGAAGGAGAAUCGUCUAGACAGUCUUGGACAACAUAGCGGUAUAUUCCAAAUGGAACUCGCAGACGCUAACGUUGAACCCAAUAUCUGGCGGUGUGGACAAUGUAAUCAAACAUUCAGUCAACGGGUUCUCCUCCAAAUGCAUAUGUGCACACAAACACCUGAUCGACCUUAUCACUGCGGGCACUGUCCAACAAGUUUUCAGGACGCUAGUGAACUUCGUGAUCACGUGGUCACACAUAUUAAUGAGAAGCCAUUCAAGUGUGGCUUCUGCGGCAGAUCAUUUGCCGGCGCGACGACACUUAAUAACCAUAUAAGGACACAUACGGGAGAGAAACCUUUCAAAUGCCGGAAGUGCAACAAGACUUUUACACAAUCGACGCAAUUGAGCAGACAUCUUAAAAAUCCAGAUGAAUGCAUCCCAAAUGUUGUGAAUACUGACAAAUAGACAGCGUUUUAUUUCAUUUAUUUAUUUUUCAAUGUUUUAAACAAUGAAUCUUGUGAAAGAUUAUUGGGCACUGAUCAUCCUCGACCCUAAGUAUUUCCUUCACUCAAAAAUGAAAGAGAAGAGGCCUGGGAUCAAAGCUGAGCAAGCAUGRCGUCAUCACAUGGGGCACACAAAAGCUGUUUUCUCAGAUCUUUGCAUAUCGUUUUAAAUCAAUUUUUUUCUCCUUUUAACUAACAAAAUAUUAAAUAUUUCUAUAGGUUAUUUAUAUUCGCGUCUGUAGARUGACGUAAAGCUAACAUUAAUUGAGCCAUAUGGCUGGCGUGCGUGGUUAACCGAAUUUGUUUUCCAAGUUUACUAGACCAUGUUGAGAAUUUUCAGCGACAGCAAUUCAGUGAGAAAAACUUUUGCAUGCUGUGUUUGAGAUUAUUGAUUAAAAUAUGAUAUGAUAGAAUUGA